CUAUUAGUAUUAAAAUAUGGCUGGAAAACUUGCUAUCCUUUUCACCACUCUCCUUGUGCUUAUUGCUGCCCAAAAUGUGAUGGCUCAACGAGACUUACCAAAACAUAAAGAUGUACUGCCAUUUGCAGCCAAACUAUUUCAAGAUCCAACUUGUGGGAAAACUUGUGAAACGCAUGACGAUUGCUCUGCUUGUUUGUUAUGUAGCGCAUGUUGGAAUUUUUCAAAGACCUGUGGACCAUAUGUUGGUCGCGCCGCUGCCAUAGGCAUAUAAUUCAUUAUCGUGCUGUUGUUAUUGUUGUUGUUGUUUUUGUAUUAUUUUUUCUUUCUCUUUAAAAAAAUGAUGACGGAGUCUAGCUCUGCAGGCUAUGGAAUCAAAUCUUCCAUAUUCGGUUGAUCUGAUAGGAGACAUCAUCAAUGUGUAACUAAUUAAAUAAAGAGUAUCGCCCAAUAUAGUUAAGCAAUUGGCAGAUGAAUUUUUUAAUUGGAUUUUAGAUUGAGUUUAGCGAUAAAUAAUCAUGUGUACGGGUAAAAUCGG